UCUGGAUUGACCACUGAAACAGCUGAUUGACGCCAACAAACAACGCGAAAUAGCUAAAAUUCUCAUUAAAAUGCAUUUAAAUUUAAAAAUUAAAUAGACUAAUCAAAAAUAAGUUGAUGCGCCGCUUGUUUACAUCGUUCAACGCCCAAAUAAUGUCGAAAAACAAAGGAAAAUCAAAGGCCACUGCUGAAAGUGCCAAAACCGAUGCACAAUCCACGCCGGCUAAAGAAAUCAGUCCGAUUUCCGUGGACAAAGGCGGGAAUAUAUGCAUCCAAAUCCUGGCAAAGCCGGGAGCCAAGCAGAAUGGAAUCACUGGGAUUGGGAUGGAGGGCGUGGGCGUCCAAAUAGCAGCUCCUCCAAGCGAGGGAGAAGCCAACGCAGAACUGGUCAAGUUCCUCUCCAAAGUUCUUGGUGUCCGAAAGAGCGAUGUAUCCCUGGACAAGGGAUCUCGAUCCCGCAACAAGAUAAUACUGAUCAGCAAGGGAGUGUCCACUGUGGAAGUCAUUGAGCAGCUGCUUCGAAAAGAAUCCGAAUCAUGAAGGUCACACUUCUCCCAAUAAAUACCCAUCCACAAUUUGAUUUUAAAACAA